AUGAGUAUGUCACUAACCAAGCUCUUAAAAGCUCCAGUAAAAUUAUUUAAGAAAGAAGUCAUAACAUUUGUGAUCGUUCGAAGAUAUGACUUGGGGGUGCUCGAAGACAGUCUCCGCUACAUAGCAGUUAGGCCUUCGGCCUCGAAUUCGGUGUUACGUCAAAAAGUAUGGCAUUUACUGGACCUGCCCGAUUUUUGUGAAGAGGUCAUCCUACUCAAGGCAAACAAUGAAGUAAUACCGCUGACCGAGUUAAGAAAGGGCAAUGACCCCCAGAACCCGUUCGUCCUUGAAGUUUGGUUGCCUAACCAUGAUAAUCGUCUUACAUCCUCAACGACUGUCCAUAACAAUAUGCUGACCAUCGGCAAUGGAGAAAAACAAUCGCAAUUUUCAAAUAGACAUAAAAAUGACACAACGAUCUAUGAGAACACCCUCAAGGAGCAUGACGAUAAAUUCUGUGCUGGUACCUGCUUUUCUCAAUCAACACUAUCGAACGAAACAAUGGCGUUUAACAAAGUUCGCAUUGCAGCCAAUAAACAAACAGCAAACACUUUGCUAGCAGACUUCAAAAAGUCUGAUAUAUCCUGUCGAAUCUCCAGCACUUCACUCUUCAGACUGAAUAGAGGGAAGAGUCGCGAUAACUUUACGAAUAUUUUGUUAAAAAUACAAAGUGAUUUGUCUACGUUAAGUAAUAAACUGUCUGUGUUGGAAAACAAGCUGCCCGCGUGA